UUGUGCUGUGUUCUAAUUAAAUAUACAUAGUUUAAUUGCCUUGUAACGAUUCAUAAUUUGGCGGCUGUCCAAAUCCUUGGAUUCAGUGUUUGUUCAUACCAGAAGGUGGCGCAUUUUGUAAUAAGACAUGACUUGUAAACCUUCGAAGAUUACUUUGUGUUGAGAAACUUAAAGUCUAUGUAUGUCCACACAAUUGAAUUGGUCAGUAGUGGGGUGCGGCACAUGGUGUUAUUUUAUUUGCAAACAAAUGGAUUAAAAUUCCGAAUGUUUGUUUCCAACCAACAGGAAGUAGUUCUCAGUGACUGAUUAAUGGACUUCGACACACGUACAAACGCUUUACUGACAGUGAAACUGAUUCACCCAGACCCAGAAAAUGAUCUCAUCACAACUGCUACCCCCAUUCCCUCGUUCACGCUCUCUUCCGCUCCCUCCCUUCCCUUCUUUUUCCUCACUCGUUCCAGAACAGACACAUCCCUCUUGUUUUAAAUCAAAACAAGCCCUCCUCCUUGGCAGUCGAGGCUGCUUGAAACUGUCACAAACCAUGAGAACUCACAAGAUGCUCCAAUGGAGGAUAAAUGUAAAAUGCAUUCAUGUUAUUUUCAAAAACAAAUUGCUAUUGCAUAAAAAAAAAGGGUACAAUUUUAUUCGUGUUGUUUUGAUAGUCGUGUCAACCAACGACUCUUUGUUUACAGACUCCUCAAGGCCCCAAGCAGUUGAUCCACAUAAUGGGAUGUGCCACCGCGUCGCUCGGCUGCCUUAAGCCCCGCGGCAGGUCAACAUCUUGAACGCAGGAGGCGGCGCGGCAUGGGCCGAGUUUCUCCGUGGCAGUGCGUUGGCUCGCUGCCGCUCAGAGGUGCUGAUUUGAUCUUGAAGGAGACAAACACGCGGCCACACGUGGAUGAUUGCGGGCCAUCAGGAUCCGGCGGCCAGGGGGCGCGUUGACUGUUCGGAACGAGAAAUCGGUCUUCGCUCGCCGAGACCCAACUGCAACACGCAUCCACGCGCCACGGCCGGCCGCGGCCACUUCGCAUCCCGCUAUGCCCGUGACAGCGGCACAAAGACUGGCCUCCACCAACCGCACAUGCACUACGGCAUGGGUGCGUCGACACGCUUACUGCGCUUUAUUUUGCAGAUGAGGAUUUGGAACGCGGUUGCGCAAUGAGGCGAUCUGGAAUCAAGUAAGACUUUUAUUGAUACAUAAUCCGACAAUAUGGCCGAUCAGAGCAAUAUCCAGUCCGCCGCCUCCAAGAGCAUCCGGCCCUUUAAAUCCAGUGAAGAGUACCUGUACGCCAUGAAGGAGGACCUGGCGGAAUGGCUGAACACUCUUUACGACCUGGACCUGAGCGCGGAAACCUUCAUGGAUGGCCUGGAGACGGGCUGCGCCUUGUGUCGGCACGCCAACAACGUCAACCGAGCCGCCCUAGACUUCCAGCUGGAGUACCCUGAGGCGGCCCAGUCCAUGAAGCUGCCCCGCAAAGACGUUGUCUUCCAGUCUCGCAACGUCAGUGCGGGUUCGUUCUUGGCUCGGGACAACGUGUCCAAUUUCAUCAGCUGGUGUCGCCGGGAGCUGUGGAUCAAGGACGUGCUCAUGUUUGAAACCAACGACUUGGUGGAAAGAUGCAACGAGAAGAAUUUCGUCUUGUGUCUGCUUGAAGUGGCGCGGCGCGGCGCCAAGUUCGGCAUGUUGGCCCCUAUGCUCAUCCAGCUGGAGGAGGAGAUCGAAGAGGAGAUCCGAGACCAGCAGGGUGGCCUGCAGAUGGACCCCGGAGAGCCACCGGAGGUGCAGAGCCCACCCGGCAGGUGCUUCGGACGCAGGGAGAGCAACCACAGUGUGGAAGACGAGCCUGAGCCGGAACCUUUCGUGUGGCCCCAGAAGAGAGUUUUGUGUGACAUGAGAAAUUUGGACGAGUUGGUUCGUGAGAUUCUGGGCCGGUGUUCCUGUCCAGCUCAGUUUCCUAUGAUCAAGGUGUCGGAAGGAAAGUACAAAGUGGGGGACUCCAGUGCCCUAAUCUUCAUAAGGGUCCUUCGUACCCAUGUAAUGGUGCGCGUUGGAGGGGGCUGGGACACAUUGGAACACUAUUUGGACAAGCAUGACCCAUGUCGCUGUGCUGCCUUUGCCCAUCGGUAUCAUCAGGCCAAGGCCAGCAGCCAAAAUCAGGGAGGCCAGAGUAAAUCCUCAAGCGCCCAUUCUUCCCGCUCCACAAGUCCUGGUCCACACUGGCGAAACGAUGGCAUGGCACCUUACAAAACACCCGACAGACGCUCGCUGGAGCCCUCAUCCACACCUUGUGCCUCAACCGCUUCCGCAAGGCCAAGCCACCCUCAGAACUCCUCUGCUCCCGCUGAAACAGAACCUCGUACCGGUCUUCCACGGCCACCCAGAGAUCGCUCAGAACCACGCCAAUUCAACCCACUGAGAAAUAGGGAGACAAUGUUGCCGGUGACCAGACGUCUCUCUGGAGACAGUGACUCUUCCACAGCGUCCUCCAAAGGAGGAGGAGGAGGACGUCUGUCUCUUAGCGGGACAUCACAUCGCUCUAGUGAGGAGGUUGUCUUACUUGUCAAUCGCAAAGAAGGCAAGCAUGUGAUUGAGAGGCCCGCAAACCCGAGCGCACCACGUAGCUCGUUGCCCCGUGCACGCAGCCAGUCUCGGGAACGCUCAGUGCUCCCAUCUGCGCUGAAACCUAACCCACCUCCGGCAUCUGAUGGGCUACGACGCGCACGGACGGAAAGGGGCAGAUCUCUUGGUAACGAUGGUCCCAGAAGGCUACACGCUCCUCGUUCCCAAAGCCAGAGUAGAGUACCUGGCCACGCUCGAUCCAGCGAAGCCAUAGCAGGACCUGGCCCCGGCCUACCAGCAGAAAGACGAGAGGACUCUCGCAAUAAACAAGUGCCCCCGUCGUCUCCCAGACUAGGUGGUGUGUUGUCCAAGAGGCAGUCAGCCUCAUGCUCCAACUCACCCAUUAAAGGAGUACAAACCAACAACAAUAACAGCCCCAGUAAGAAGACAAUAAUCACUCCCAGACCCCCUCGCAUACCCUCCACGGCAAAAGCCAAACUUCUGCCCCCAGUCACUCCAGGAGGACGACGAUCCCCUCAUUCAUUGCCCCGGAACUCUCACUAUCAUGCCGCCCACCCUCCUCGACCGUCCCAUGGCACUCGACCAAACGGGCGAGGCCUCAGUAGAACCUGGUCCGGUCUGGACCGUCAGGGUCCUGAGGAGGAAAAACUGGGCUGUGGUUUCCAGAUGCUGCCAACCUUGGACCCCCAGAGAGAACAGGACCUGUAUCGCAGCUUUGAGGCCGAGUAUUUAGCCAACACACAACAAGCCAGAGGAGUGUCGAAAAGAGAAAUGGGCCAGCAUGUUGCGAGAACCCCUUCGGUACCAGUGCUCACUGAUUCUAAUGUCACAGAUUCUGCUUAUUCAUCCUCUAACUCCUCCUCGUCCUCCUUGAACGUGGGUGCAAAGCAUGGAGCCCUGCCGGACCUCAGGGAGUCCAAAAGGGCUAACCCCUGUCACUUUCCCCUAGAGGACCCCUUGAAUUUACUUUACAGACACAACAUUGGUCAAGGGGAGGCAGAACACUGGAGGGAGCACGGCGGGGGUCUCAAGAAACUCCCAGCCAUCUCGAGCAACACAGGGCAGAAAACACCCCUUUCUUGUCCCGGAGACACUAACAGGCUGGUGAAUCAGGUUGCUCCUCAAACUGUCAACUGUACAAAUAUGAAUGGAGACCAUGGGGGACAACAAGAUAAUGAAUGGCACAAAAAUCCACAAGGAGGUAUUCCUCCAGAGGCUCACCAGCCAAACUUACCAUAUGAUGUACAGAAUAGUAACGGGAGUGAUGACCUCCCACCCCCAGAGGCCUGUGAUUGCUCCUACCAGGACUCCUCCAGUGAAAACUCUUCAAUGUGCUUGAGCCUAAGCGAAUCCCACUCGGAAUCUCCCCCACCCACGUCUCCCCUGGCCAAUGGCAACACGGGUGGAGAAGGAAUAGUCGCCGUCGCCCCUAUUUCAAAACACAAACUUGCAACCAGAAUGAGGCCUCGCGUCAACAACGGCCCAGCAAACAACCCCUCCCGCAUCCCCACACUUGUCAGCUUCAGAGACGCGCAGGUUCGCGACACACUUUCGCCCUGCCACACGCCACCCCUUUCCCCUCAUAACUCCCACCCUGCCACCUGCAACAUCUUGCACCAGGCCAUUACUGAUGUGGUUCAACCUUGCUCUCCUGCCAUGGGCAACAAGGAUCGCACCUUCCCUGGAAAGCCAGGGAGCCUGGACACUGAAGCUUGCAUGUAGCACAGAGAGAGCUGUUGGGAAUAACACCAGGGGCGGUUGUCCUUACUGUUGACUACUGUGUAAAAAGUAUAUACAUACUUUGGACUGAGCUAUAGACUUUUUAAGUGCAUGUCACUUUGCUUUUAUUUUGCACUCUAGCCAAAUCAUUUAUUACCAAAGGAAUGGUGUUUAACAUGUUUUUUACUAUCAAGGUGUGCUUGGGGAACAUUUUGCCUAUAAUAAGGUGGUUUUGCUUGUGAUAUUUAACAGGGCGAAGGAGAGAGAACAUAUGUGCUGCCAUGAACCCCAAUGAGGGCUAGGUAUGGUUAAGUGCCAGAGAUUUUAAAGCUGCAAUUUUUCCAAACUCAAAACCUUAGUCAAUUUUAUUGGCGCCCUCUUGUGGUUUUCCACGGCCUUGCAAGUAAAACCUUUUAUUUUCCCUUACUAUAAUAUCCAUGGGUUAGAUUGUCUUUGAUGGAGUGCAAUGGUUUAGUUUAUACUUUUUUUUUUUAAUAACUGUAUGGGCCAAUGAAGGUUAUAUUGCUUUGUCGUCAUUUUCACUGACAAAAAUGUGGAGUUUUCCGCCUCCAACUCAACUACUUAGGAACCCACACAUGUACAGGUUUCAAUUGCAUAGUAGUGGAUGAAUGUGUAAAUACAUGUUUAUGUGCCCACAGAGGAAUGUGGGUGCUUUGUAUAUAAGAAUGCAUUGAACAUGAUGUACAUAUUGGCUGCCUUAGCUAUGCAAUAUCGGGUGGUGAAAUGCCUUGAUGGUUCCCUUUGCCUUAAAAUAUUUUCACAAGUUAGGUUUUGAAUGUUUCUUUCAAAAAUCACAACACUACAUUGCUACCAUUAAUGGUUAAUUAAAUUGCUGGAAUUGAAUAAGAAUGUUCAAAACUGAAAGGGCCAUUGCCUAGUUUGUGUCCAUGGAUCCUGUUCAUUUUGACUGAAAAAAAAACACAGAAGGAAGAAUUAAACCUAAUAGUUAGGAUGUUGCCAUUAGGUACUAAGUUAUAUACAACAUUUUAUUUUGUAAAAAAUAUGGAAUUGUUGUGUCAGUGCCCGACAGACCAAAUUGUUGAAAAAUGGUUCACACUACUUCUAUUUCAUGUCACAAUGUUUUUAUUUGUUUUUGUUUUUUAACAAACAUAAUCAUCUCCAGAGACAUUGCAAGGAAUUGAUACAUUGACUGGGGUUAAAAGGAUUGUGCAUAUGUUUGUGUACAUACUGUAUGGGUGGGAUGAAAGAGGGGUUAAUGUUGGUUUUAUUUAUUUAUUUAUAAAGUGAUGUCUUAUUGGACUUGCGUGGCAUCCUUGGCCAAGGUACUGUAAAUGAAAUCUGUCUUGAAAGAAAUUAACCAAAUAAUUGUCCUAUCUGUAAAAAAAAAAAAAAAAUUCAUUAUUGCUCUACAUUGAGUUUUAGUUCAGAUUAAUUGAAAGACAUUUAUUAGAAAUCGUCACUGUUUCAAUCCAUUAGUAGGGGUAAAUAUAUGCUUGUAACAUUCCUAAAAGUUUAAAUUGAGAAAAUCUUAUACAUACUACUUUCAUUUGGUUUUGAUAGCGGUCUACCCAGUUGGAAAAGUAUGACUUUUUCAAAACACUUGUCUAGGUUAUCAAUCCCAGAAAAAAAGGGGAUUAUUCUAUCUGCCCCAACCAGCAAAAUCUGAAUGUUCAUAAUUUCUUGUUUGCUAAUGUUCUCACUUGAAUCAAUCCAUUAAAUGCACUAAAUUGUGAAACUUUGAUGUACAAAUGUCAGCAAUACUUCAUUUUUUUCGAAGGUGAAAAUUCUGCUCUUCUAAUAAAUACUUUCCUUCUGAACGUCA